UCAUUCGCAUCAAUUUAUCUUUGUGAGACCAAGCUCACGCUGCAUGGGCUGCAGCAGUACUAUGUCAAGCUCAAAGACAGUGACAAGAACCAUAAACUCGUCCACCUCCUGGAUGAGCUAGGCUUUAACCAGGUGGUGAUCUUCCUGAGGUUGGUGCAGCGCUGCAUGGUCCUGGCCCACCUACUCAUGCAACAGAACCUCCCAGCCAUCGCCAUGCACAGGGCCAUGGCCCAGGAUGAGUGCCUAGCACGCUAUCAGCAGUUCAAGGACUUUCAGUGGCGGAUCCUGGUGGCCAACGAUCUGUUUGGACGAGGGAUGGACAUUCAGCGAGUCAACAUAAUCUUCAAUUAUGACAUGCCUGGGGACUCUGACACCUACCUCCACCGGAUGGCCUGUGCCGGUCGCUUUGGCACCAAAGUCCUGGAUAUCACUUUUGUGUCUCCUGAGAACAAUGCCAAAAUCCUCAAUUUGGUUCAAGGUCGGUUUGAAAUCAAUGUGGCAGAGCUUCCUGAAGAAAUGGACACCUCCACAUACAUGGAGCCAAGACGCUAA